UAAUACUUUGACCUUUUGGAUUACCGGAACACUGAGGUUCGUGCGGUCGCAAAGGUCACUAGCUCUAAUCAAGCGGGGCCCAAGUUUGGGUGGACUACCAGGGGGUGUCCUAUUCAUACAAAGCCACACGGGACACAGGAACCCGGUUGCUCCUCUGCCGAAUUCAAGUUUUGAACAACAUAAAAGAUGGAGUUUCGCACGCUCCAAGGUGCAGCUAAACUGCAACGGGUCUCCCAGUUGGUGGAGUUGCUAAAACAAGACCAGCUGAAGAAGUCGCUCACAUCACAGCAACGCAUACAAACCCUGUUAGAGCUGAGGCAGCAUGGCACCAGCCCUGAUAACGCAGGCCCGAUCUAUUCUAAAGAGGGAAUAGAACUGUUAACCAAGUACGGUGUUACGGGAGAAACGACUGAUGUGCGGCGAGCUGCCCUACGAUGCGUUGCAAAUGCUCUCCUCCUUAACCCUGCUAUGCGUCAGCUGUUUGUUGAUACAGGCUAUGGAGGUAAAUUGGCGGAGCUACUCAAAUGUGACUCUUCAGACGACGAAAUGGUUAUUAGUCGCAUUCUCUUUCUCUCCACAUAUGAUACCACCAUGGACUUCGAAAUACUGAUUAAGAAUCAUCUCUUGAGUGAAAAUGUCAACUAUCAAAUUACUCGACACGCCAAGCAAUUUCCGAAGUCGGGAAAGAAGCCCUUGUCGCAGAUGGACGAACUGGCGCUCAUCGACACACUGAAAUUGAUUUUUAAUGUCUCCAAGAUCUAUCCGGAGCUUGCGGGGAGUUUUUCGCCUUCGAUCCCGCACCUCUUCAAGAUCAUCAGCCGGAUGGAUAUUCCUGAAAAGCCUCUAGACGGUUUGCUCGGAUAUCUUCUCAACUGCCUGUCAACCCUUGACAUUGAGAACAAGAAAGGCAAAGCAUGGGAGAGCAGUCCGCUCUUUCCGACGUUUAAUCAGAACUGCAAUGUCGACAAGCUGAUCAAUAUUCUGGACCAGGCUGUGUCUGCAUAUAAGGCAGAUGAGUUGGAAACCAAAGCGAUCCCACUCUUCCACACUCUUGUGACUAUUCAUGAGCUGGCACCUGAUGGCGUCCGCAAGUACAUGCAAUGGCUUUUGUUACCCGAAGAGAAUGAUAGAAGUCGUCCCAUUGGACAGUCCGACACGCUUUCCUCCAAGCUUCUGAAUCUCUCAACCACUCCCUAUCCGAACGUAAAGACAGCUAUCUCCGAGCUCAUGUUCGUUCUCUCUGGAAAGGACGCGGAGAACUUGACCAGAAACAUUGGCUAUGGAUUUGCAGCAGGAUUAUUGGCUUCUCGUGGCAUGGAGAUACCGCAGACAGCGGGCGAGGCAUUCGCUACGAACCCGCAGGGAUUCGAUCCGGAGGUCAACCCCAUAACUGGCCAGAAAUGGGCUGCGGAGAAGAAGGAUGAAUGGCCGCCUAUGACAAAGGAAGAGAAGGAGCGUGAGGCAGAGCGAUUGUUUGUGCUCUUUGAGAGGGCCAAGGCGAAUGGAAUACUCAACGUGGAGAACCCUGUCACGCGUGCCCUUCACGAAGGUAGAUUUGAAGAACUGCCUGAUUCGGACGACAGCGACUGAGCAUUUGCUAUCUGACCCCUUUGUUACUGCUGUAUCAUACCCCGUCAAUUGAACUGGGACCCGGAGUUGUACAGGUUUCCUUCCCAUCUAAGAUGUCUGAUCUUGCCGUCUA